AUGUUGAUCACUGUUCGUGGUGAAGUAGUAGAGAUACCUUCUCUCGCCGAUUUAAAGCAUUCGGCAAAAGGAGUAGUCCGGGAAGGAUGGGUAAUGUUAAAGGAAGAAAAAACAAAGUAUCUUCCAUGGACGAAGAAGUGGCUUACUCUUUCCCAUAAUUCGAUUUCAAUCUACAAAAGCAAUAAAUCAGAUUCAGCGCAGUUAACAAUUCUCUUGAAGGAUAUCGAGAAAGUGGAGCGAUCUAAAUCUCGGACGUUUUGUUUUCGAUUAAAACUAAAAAUCUAUCAGUCUACAUCACAAGCUCUUGAGAUUUCAGUUUCCAACAAUAUGGAUUGCUACGAAUGGAUGGAUUCCAUUUCAGCUAGAAUUUUAUCCAACAAAGUUUCAGGACCCAUGGAUCCUAAACAUGAAAUACACGUAGGAAUUGACAGCAAUGGUAAAUAUGUUGGUCUUCCAAAAGAAUGGUCUAUCCUACUCAACAAUGGCUCGGUAUAUGCUAAGGAUAUUCUUGAGAAGCCCAAAUCAACCAUCCAGGCAUCGAACCAUUCUAGCGAAGAAUUCUGCCAUCAAAGAGACUAUAUUAAGUUUGGGAGUCAGAUAAAACUGAAAGCUUCUAUUAUCAGAUAUAGUCCACCCGUGUUUUCCCCUUCAGCUAUGUCUAAUGAGGCAUCCAUUCACGAUUCUGAUUGUACAACUACAAGCUCUUCAUAUGAUGUCGAUGAAGAUCAAUUAACAUUAGCUCUUCAGAAUGACAAAAAAAUAAAUAAAAGAUCUUCAGAAACUUCUCACAGUAGAUCUUUUGAUGACUUAAGUCUCAUGGAUUCCUCAUUCUGCGAAAAACAACAAUCGACUCCUUCCGUCCACAACAAAAAUGAUGAAACCUCUAAUGUAAAACUAACAGAGAAACAAGUAAUGGAGAUAUUAAAAAGUUCCAUUAUCUCUAAGGACCCUAGUACUCUAUUUUCCGUAAAGCACAAACUUGGUCAGGGUGCUUCCGGAUCCGUGUAUCUGGCCAAGGUGAAGGCAGACCAUCAAUUUUACAAAAAUGGACUAGUAGCCAUUAAAAGUAUUGACUUCCAUAGUCAGAGUCGGAAAGAACUUCUCUUGAAUGAGAUUACUGUCAUGCGCGAAUCGUUUCAUCCAAACAUAGUAAGCUUCCUUGAUGCCUUUCUCAUCAAAGAAAGGCAUCUAUGGGUUGUUAUGGAGUACAUGGAUGCUGGUUCCUUAACAGAUAUUAUUCAACGUCACAAACUUAACGAAGAGCAAGUUGCUCGAAUAUGCCUAGAAACGUGUAAGGGCAUUCAACAUUUGCAUGCACGUAACGUGAUCCAUAGGGAUAUCAAAAGCGACAAUGUACUGAUAAAUAAAGAAGGGCAAAUAAAAAUUACGGACUUUGGCUUCUGUGCACGACUUAUGGAUCGUUCUCAUAAACGUGUAACUAUGGUCGGAACUCCGUACUGGAUGGCUCCUGAAAUAAUUAAACAACAAAAAUAUGGAACAAAGGUUGACAUUUGGAGUCUCGGAAUAAUGAUUAUUGAAAUGCUUGAAAACGAACCUCCUUACCUUGGAGAAGACCCUAUGAAAGCAUUGUACAUGAUUGCAAAAACAGGAACUCCUUCUCUUAAAAAACCUGAACUUGUAUCUAAAGAAUUACUAUCCUUCUUAAACUCAUGUUUGAAUACCGACACAGUGUUUAGAGCAACUGCCGCUGAACUUUUAAACCACUCCUUCCUUCGACGAGCAUGUUCACCUAAGACCUUAAUCCCUUUUAUUUCUGCUGACGUUGUCAAACCCCGUAAUCAUUAA